AUGACGGGUUCACAUGAGCCUCCGGAGUUAGGGCAGCGCAGGGUCAUUGACUUACGAAGCGACACGGUAACAAAGCCCACACCUAAGAUGCUUCAGGCAAUGAUGAACGCAGAAGUGGGCGACGAUGUGUGGGGCGAUGACCCAACCGUCAACGAGCUGCAGGACUUCGCAGCUCAGAUGUUUGGCAAGGAAGCCGGCCUGUUUUGCCCCUCCGGUACUAUGACUAACCAAAUCGCAAUUAAGGUUCACACGCAUCCGGGGGACGAGCUGUUGUGUGCGGAUAACGCCCAUAUCUACUUGUACGAGGGGGGGGGCAUAGCUUUCAACUCUGGUAGGUUCGGGGGGGGGAGGGGGGGGGUGCAGCCGGGGGGUGGUUUCGCCACGUGUGAAUCCAAAAUUAUAGAGAAUCCGGGGUGGUUGCUGGCAAGUUCCGGAGUACGACUUCACAAGACAUACCUCCGACCCGCUUUUUUUGUUGACCGCCUCACUAAUUUAAUAAUUUCCAACCUCCCCCCCACACCCGCCUCCGCAUACCCCACCCUUGUUUACCAACAACCCACGAAAGGUGUCCAGCCCAAGCUGUUGCCUAGCAAUCGAGGCCGCAUCUCUGCGGAGCAAAUUGUGCAGGCGAUAAACAUGGAGGAUUCGCACUUCCCCACCACCCGGCUGGUGUGCCUGGAGAACACGUCUAACAAGGGCGGCGGGGCGUACUACAGCUUAGAUGAGUUGAGGGCAAUUUCGAAGGUGUGCAGUACACACGGGCUGCGCUUUCACCUUGACGGCGCGCGGAUCUUCAACGCGGCUGUAGAGGCGGGGUACGGCCCUGCCGACGUUGGUCCUCUGUUCGACUCCAUAUCCGUUUGCUUGUCGAAGGGCCUCGGCUGCCCGGUCGGGUCGCUGCUGUUGGGGAGUAGGGACUUCAUUCGUCGCGCCCACCGGGUUCGCAAGGUGCUGGGCGGCGGUAUGCGGCAGGCGGGCUUCCUGGCGGCUGCGGGCUUGUACGCGCUCAAGAACAAUAUUGACAGGCUGCGUGAUGACCACGCUCGUGCACGGCGGCUGGGCGCCACGUUGGACGGACUGCCGUACGUGUCGUAUUUGGCACCGGUUGACACCAACAUCGUCAUCUUCCACGUCGCGGCGGGUUGGGACGCGCGGGCCCUCGUGGAGUGGUUCCAGGCUCGAGGUGUGUUGCUGAUCACCAUGGGGCGGGCGGUGCUGCGACUGGUGACCCACCUGGGGGUGGACGACGAGGACGUGGACCGCGUGUGUGAGCUGCUCAAGGAGGCGGCGAGGGGGGGGAGGGGGGGAGCGGAGGCGGCGGAGGCUAGUACGGCGGCGGGGGCGGUGAAGGUGAAUGUGGAGGAGGCGGGGGAGGGGGUGGGGGAGGGGAUGGGGGAGGGCAAAGUUCUACGUCUGGUACACUCUUGCCCUGGCAGCAGCUUCACUCGUUUGUGGUUCGUCUUUCCCGACCCUAACGGGGGGCGGGGAAGGGGGGUGGAGGUCUGCCUGGUGUCGCGGUCGUGGUCGCCGGGUGGACGGCAUCAGAGGAGAAAGCAAGCAGCGCCAGAUAUUUUCACCAACGAACAUAACCAACUUGUUGACACCCUCCAGUCCUCCGGUGUAGUACAGAUGCUUACUCAUUAUGUACGGAAUACGGUUGCACCCGUAGCAGAGACGUCGAACGCCGCACGUCACUCAGUGCACCAACAUGUCAUACGUUCCUAA